AUGAACACCUGCGCCUUUUUGUUGAUUCUCAGCGUCCAGAUCUACGCCGAUGGCAUCGAGGGGCCAACAGCUGCUGGCUGCACGUUUGAAGAGGAUUCUGAUCCCAGUCUAUGUGACUUCACUCAGAGUGAAGAAGAUGACUUUGAUUGGCAGCUUUUUCGGACAACAUACGCUGGUUCUGAUCUCCUGCGAGGAUCCUAUAUGUUAGUCAACUCCUCGCAGCAUGCUACGGGGCAUUGUGCUCAGCUUUUGCUGCAGAGUUUGAGUGAAAACGACACACACUGCGUCCAAUUCAGCUACUUCCUGUACAGUCGCGAUGGCCACAGUCCAGGGGCCCUGAAGGCAUACGUGCGUGUCAAUGGCGGUCCGCUGGGCAAUCCGGUGUGGAACACAUCAGGAUCUCACGGGAAGCAGUGGCAUCAGAUGGAGCUAGCUGUCAGCACCUUCUGGCCAAAUGAAUAUCAGGUACUGAUUGAGGCUACUGUUUCCACGGAGCAACAAGGGUACAUUGCUAUCGAUGACAUCAUGGUGCUCAACUAUCCCUGCUAUAAGGCACCACAUUUCUCCCGGCUUGGAGACGAGGAGGUCAAUGCUGGACAAAAUGCCACUUUCCAGUGUGUGGCUGCUGGAAAGGCUUCUGAGGCUGAGAAAUUCUUGCUGGAGAGACACAACGGGGACAUUUUAACAAGUGCGUCCGUCAAGCACCUGAGUCACCGACGCUUUGUGGUAUCGUUCCAACUAGACAGCGUCCAGAGGUCAGAUCAAGACCUCUACCGCUGCAUUACCCAGUCCUCCAGGGGUUCAGGGGUCUCAAACUUUGCUGAACUCAUUGUCAAAGUGCCACCUUCCCCUAUCGCGCCACCUCAGCUGCUGCGUGCUGGCUCCACUUACCUAAUCAUCCAGCUCAAUACCAAUUCCAUCCUUGGAGAUGGACCCAUUAUUAGGAAAGAGAUUGAGUAUCGUGCCAGCCAAUCUCCAUGGUCUGAAGUACAUGGAGUCAACAUGGUCACCUACAAGCUGUGGCACCUGGAUCCGGACACAGAAUACCACAUCAGCGUGCUGUUGACCCGGCCCGGAGAAGGAGGCACGGGCCCUCCUGGACCUCCACUAGUGAGCAGGACUAAGUGUGCAGAGCCCAUGCGUGCGCUGCGAGGCCUGACUGCCACAGAUAUCCAGCCCAGGCAGUUGUCCCUGCUGUGGGAGAACUUGGCUUUCAACGUGACACGCUGCCACACCUACUCAGUGUCCCUGUGCUACCGCUACACCACAGCGGGAGGCGGCGGCGGCCACAACACCACCGUGCGUGAAUGCCUGGCUGUGGAGCACAACGCCUCACGCUUCACGCUGCGUGAUCUGCCACCCUACCAUGGCAUCCAUGUCCGUCUGUCACUGGCCAACCCGGAGGGCAAGAAAGAGGGCAGAGAGGUCACCUUCCAGACUGAGGAAGACAUCCCAGGAGGCAUAGCACCAGAGUCGCUCACCUUCACCCCACUAGAUGACAUGAUCUUCCUGAAGUGGGAGGAGCCCCUAGAGCCCAAUGGCCUUAUUACCCAGUAUGAGAUCAGUUACCAGAGCAUCGAGUCGUCUGAUCCCGGCAUCAACGUCCCAGGACCAAGAAGAACUGUAUCCAAGCUAAAGAAUGAGACCUAUCACAUGUUUUCCAACCUUCACCCAGGAACAACCUACUUGAUCUCUGUUAGAGCCCGUACAGGAAAGGGUUUUGGCCAGACAGCCCUCACUGAAAUCACCACAAACAUCUCAGCGCCAACAUUUGAUUAUGGAGAUAUACCUUCCCCCUUGAGUGAGACUGAGAACACAAUAACAGUAGUGUUGCGCCCCGCUCAAGGUAGAGGCGCACCUGUCAGCACGUACCAGGUGGUGGUAGAGGAGGAGACUGUAAAAAAGGUGAAGAGGGAGUUGGGGCUUCAAGAGUGUUUCCCUCUUCCGAUGUCCCAUGGCGAGGCCUUGGCCCGGGGCACCCCGCACUACUACACCGCUGAGCUGCCACCCAGCAGCCUGCCAGAGGCCAGUCCUUUCACUGUGGGAGACAAUCAUACUUACAACGGCUACUGGAACACACCUUUAGACCCACGCAAAAGCUACCUUGUGUACUUCCAGGCUAUGAGCAACUUCAGAGGGGAAUCAAGAAUAAACUGCAUCCGCAUAGCUCGCAAAGCCGCCUGCAAAGACCACCGCAAGGCUUUGGAGGUGUCCCAGAACUCAGAAGAAAUGGGGCUGAUUCUGGGUGUCUGUGUUGGUGGCCUGGUGGUGCUCAUUCUCCUGCUGGGUGCUGUUAUUAUUAUCAUUAAGAAAGGAAGGAACUACUACUCUUUUUAUCCGAAACCUGCGAACAUGAAUAAGACACCGAUUACUUAUCGCCAGGAGAAGAGCCACAUGGGCUCCAUGGAGCGCAGUUUUACGGACCAAAGCACCCUACAAGAGGAUGAGAGGAUGGCACUCUCCUUCAUGGAUGCACACACUUGUGGAACUCGAAGUGAUCCGCGCAGUUCUGUAAACGAGGCCAGCAGUCUGCUGGGAGGCUCCCCGAGGCACCCGUGCGGACGCAAAGGCUCCCCCUACCACACGGGGCAGCUGCAUCCCGCCGUGCGAGUGGCCGACCUACUCCAGCACAUCAACCAGAUGAAGACAGCUGAGGGCUACGGCUUUAAACAGGAAUAUGAGAGUUUCUUUGACGGCUGGGACUGCACUAAGAAGAAAGACAAAACCAAAGGAAGACAUGAUACCUUAUUGGGAUAUGAUCGCCAUCGAGUCAAGCUCAACCCUCUUUUGGGAGACCCCAAUUCCGACUAUAUCAAUGCCAACUACAUUGAUAUUCGGAUUAACAGGGAAGGCUACCAUCGAUCCAACCACUUCAUCGCCUCUCAGGGACCCAAGCAGGAGACACUCUAUGAUUUCUGGAGGAUGGUGUGGCAGGAGAAUUGUUUCAGCAUCGUCAUGAUCACUAAACUGGUGGAAGUUGGCAGGGUGAAAUGCUGUAAAUACUGGCCAGAUGACAGCGAGAUGUACGGUGACAUCAAAAUCACGCUGCUUAAAACGGAAACACUUGCUGAAUAUACUGUACGCACAUUUGCUUUGGAGAGGAGAGGAUACUCAACCAAGCAUGAAGUCCGUCAGUUUCACUUCACAUCCUGGCCUGAGCACGGGGUGCCCUAUCACGCCACCGGUUUGCUGGCCUUUAUACGAAGGGUGAAGGCCUCUACUCCUCCUGACGCUGGUCCUGUGGUAGUCCACUGCAGUGUGGGGGCGGGCCGCACAGGCUGCUACAUUGUACUCGAUGUCAUGUUGGACAUGGCGGAAUGUGAAGGUGUAGUGGACAUCUAUAACUGUGUCAAAACCCUCUGCUCAAGACGAAUUAACAUGAUCCAGACAGAGGAGCAAUAUGUAUUCAUCCAUGAUGCUAUUUUAGAGGCUUGCUUGUGUGGUGAGACGGCCAUCCUGGUGAAUGAGUUCUCGGUUGCCUAUAGAGAAUUACUGAGAGUGGAUUCCCAGAGUAAUUCCUCGCAGCUACGUGAAGAAUUUCAGACCCUAAACUCUGUGACCCCACACCUGGACGUAGAAGAGUGCAGCAUUGCUUUGUUGCCCAGAAACCGUGAAAAGAACCGCAGUAUGGAUGUCCUUCCACCCGACCGUGCCCUGGCCUUCCUCGUAACCACAGAGGGGGAGAGCAACAAUUACAUUAACGCCGCUCUGGCCGACAGCUUCCACCAGCAAGCUGCCUUCAUCGUAACCCCUCACCCUCUGCCUGGCACCACGGCCGACUUUUGGAGGCUGGUCUUCGACUACGGCUGCACAGCGGUGGUCAUGCUCAACCAACUGAAUCAGUCCAACUCCGCAUGGCCAUGUGUCCAAUACUGGCCGGAACCUGGUUUACAGCAGUAUGGGCCCAUGGAGGUUGAGUUUCUCUCCAUGUCAGCUGAUGAAGAUGUCAUUACUCGCCUGUUUCGAGUAAAGAACGUCACAAGGCUCCAAGAGGGCCAGCUGGUGGUGUGUCAAUUCCAAUUCCUACGCUGGUCCCCAUAUCGGGAUGUUCCCGACUCCAAGAAGGCUUUCCUUAACCUGCUGGCACAAGUGCACAAGUGGCAAAGAGAGUGUGGAGAAGGCCGCACUGUGGUCCACUGUCUUAAUGGUGGCGGUCGCAGCGGAAGCUUCUGUGCCAGCAACAUUCUUCUGGAGAUGAUCCAGUACCAGAACUUGGUGGACAUCUUCUACGCAGUCAAAACACUAAGGAACUGUAAACCCAACAUGGUGGAAUCCCUGGACCAGUAUCGAUUCUGCUAUGACCUCAUCCUGGAGUAUCUGGACUGCUUUCAGGGGAGAUAG